GACCUUCCGGGGAAAACAGUCCGGAGCAGACCAAUUUUUUCUGGUUCUAAAGAAACGCUGACAAUAGAAGACUGACAGCAGCUGGCAAUAAAAAUCUAGUAAUUUAAACCAGAGCUCACUUGACACCUGUCACCGGAACUUUAGUUUACGCGUCCCCGAAGAGCUGGGUUUUGUUAUUGAAUUAGGAAUUCAAGGAUGCGUUCUCCAUAUUAACGACUAAUUUCAGUUACGGCAUUGAGCACCAACAGUUUAUGAGAAGAAAUGAUGACAUAAAAGAAAAUCUUGACUUAUUCCUGUUAAGACAGGAUUCAAACUUGAAGAAGCAAGCCUGCUGAAAAUAACAACAGAUAUUCAGCCUUUCUUCGAACAUGAAUCUCAAUUGUGUUAAUCAUAUUAUGCCUGUUAAGAAAGUUAACCUAUGUAAGGUGGUGGAGAGAAUUAACAACUUUCUGCUUCCAACUUCCAGCCGUUCUGAAUGUGUGCCAUUUUAUGUGGAGAACGAUCAGGUGGGAAUCGUCACCCCCGAGGUAGCCCUGCUAUUACAGGAACAUAGUGACCUGUUCACAGUUAGCAGUACCUCCAUCCACCUCAGUAACAAGUAUAGCACAUUUGAGGAGAGGACGGAGGUCAUGCGGGUAUUCUUAGAAUCCCUCAGAAACACCGGGAAACUCCACAGGUCACUGAAAGGAUGGAGAAAUGAGACCUACAAUAUACGACACUCUAUGAGUGAACCUGUUUUGUUCAAAAUGGAGAGAUCUGCUGCUGGUCCAUUUGGCGUGACGACAUAUGGGUGUCAUAUAAAUGGCUACACAUAUAAAAACGGAGAAAUGAUGAUGUGGAUAGCAAAGAGAUCACCGACCAAACAGACAUAUCCCAAUCUCCUAGACCAGAUGGUGGCGGGGGGUCUCAGUUCUGGUCUGGGUUUCCGUGAGUGUGCGGAGAAGGAAUGCCAGGAGGAGGCUUCGGUGCCAGAGAAGUACCUCAAGAUCCUCAAGUCUGUAGGAACCAUGAGCUGUAUACAUGAAGAUGAGAGAGGCGUCCAUCCAGAAGUGGAGUUUCUAUUUGACCUCAAGCUUCCCGAGGACUUUGUACCUGUCAAUGCCGAUGGUGAAGUGCAAGAGUUUAAACUGUACCCUGUCUCAGAGUUACAAGAUACCAUUGUUCUCGAUUCCUUCAAACCGAACAGUGCGGCCAUUGUUUUGGACUUUUUAAUACGACACAAUAUUAUUAACCCAGACAAUGAGCCUUCCUACUGUUAUUUGGUGGAGAUGUUACAUUAUCCAAUACAAACUCUAUUCAGGAAGCUUCCUAAAGUCAUUUGAUGAGUGUGCACCAUUAGUUCUUAGAUAACUCCUUCAAAGGCCAUCGAAUAAACAAAGAAAAUGGUUUUAUAAAUCCAGUAGUUUGACAGAUGUUGUCAGCAUCCAGUCACCGGGAAAUGAUUACAGUACUAUCAGAGAUUUAUGCCCUCUUUCACCUUUUCUGCACAGAAUACUGUAACAUGUUAACGAUGGACUCCUAAUGAGAGACUUAAGGGACCAUUAUUACUUAUUAGUGUCUGUGGGAAUCUCAAUUUUUAUUUUUCAUCUUGCACACCUUAAAAUUGAAAUGAUGUUGUUACUAUAAGUAAGCUCAUAAUUUGAAGGGAACAUUCUUGGAGUUGGUGUAGUAAAAAUGCUGUGUAGUUUUGCAUUGUUUUGACAAUACCUUGCUUGGUAUUUUUUUUGUCUGUGGGGCAGGAUUGCCACUGUAGACAUUAAACACUUUACUGUUAACAUGUAAGUAGGAGUUAUCAGAAAAUAACUAUUCAUAUCUUGGCAGGACCAAUAUGUAUUAACCGUUUAAAAUUGUGUUUACAUUUUUUUCUGUAAUCUUUAUGUACUUAUUUAAAUCCUGGGUUGCUUUAUUGAUUGAAGUGCAAUCUGAAAAAGAGUACCGGUAUUAUUAGUAUUUUUUUAUGUGAGGUGUCAUUGUUGAUAUUUAAUUUCACCAUGGCAACUGAUAAUGUGCCAUUGGAAGGUAGAGUAGAAUGCUUCUGAACUUGACUUAAUUUGUGUUGUUUUAAAAAGGAUUUAUAUUCUUGAUUUAUCAAUUUGUUAAAUAUAUUGAAAAAGAUGUUUUGCAUAUCCAGGGGAUUUUUCCGCCUGCAGUCUUUUAUGCCCUUGCAUUGGUUUUGUUUUUGUUUUCCUGGUCCUAAUGUAUGAAUUUUGCUUUGUCUCUAAAAUAAAUGUGCUUGAAAAUUUA